UUUAGUCAUCUGCCAGCUCUCAUUUCUUUAAGUCAAACUCAAGUGCGCCGCAAUGAAAAACAACUUAUUUUCAAUUUUAAUCACAUUGCUUGCCGUCCAAAAGUGCAACGCGAACUGUGAAGAAUCUAGAGAACUUGAGUCAGCUUGCGGCAAAUAUUGCUUUAAAGUCGUUAAGCCUUUCUUGGACUAUAUGAAGAUACUCCAAAGCAGAGCCGAUGAGAUCGAAGAUAAGCGGCAAUCGAAUACACUGGAAAAUCUUACCGACAGCAUUGAUGAACUACGCAAAACGGUCAACGAAGAAUUCAAAUCUAUUAAUCGAGAGAUGAGUUCACGACACGUUGAAACUAUUCCCGAGAAGCUUUUACUAUUAGAACAAAAGUCACAGGCACCGACGGAACAACUAUUUCAGAAAAUCGGUGCAAAAUAUUACUAUAUUGAAAACUCAAAGACGUUGAAUUGGUUCGCUGCUUGGCACGAGUGCCUAAAAAUGGAUGCGCACUUAGUGAGUCUACAAAGUGAAGCUGAACGCAAUGCACUUAUUUCGAAAUUAACUGAAAGUACGUAUUGGAUUGAUGUCAACGAUAUUGAGACUGAAGGUGAAUAUAUAUCCCUUAAAACUGGAGAGCAGGCGCCAUUCCUCAAAUGGGAUUCAGGCGAACCGAAUAAUAUGCAAGAUGAAGAUUGCGUUCUACUUAUUCAUUCCCAAGCUUCAUCAUAUUAUCUGAUGAACGAUGGUCAUUGUGUCUCUAAAUGUAACUUUAUUUGCGAAAGGAAAUAAAGACUUUAGAGUAUUUGAA